AUGGAAUCUGUGUCUGAUAGCCCAGGUCUUUCCUCGAAAUGGCCCGCCGCUUUUGAUCUCGCAGGCUCCGCUGCGCCCUGCCGAGUGGAAGGGGAAGUCGGCGAUCUAGUCAUUCUAGGUGAAAUCCCAGUCGGCAUCAACGGAACUUUUUAUCGUGUCAUGUGUGAUCCAUACAUGCCUCCACAUCCCAAGAACGUCCCCAUCGAUGGAGAUGGCAACAUAUCAGCAUUUUGA